UGUCAACGUCUUAUCUGAGUAAAACCUAACGCUAUGUACUGUACACUUAAAAAUCGCAAGUCAGAAAAGUUUUUUUUUCUGUCAAAAAGAUGGUAAUAUUUAAAGUCAUAAAGAUUUGCACUCCAGCGCUAUGAGAAUUUCCACUGAUCACAUCUCACGCACAAAGCAGUACUUCUAUGUACUGGCCCACAACUAUUGUUCUGUGAGAAUUCUGCUUUAGUCCGGAACAUUUUUACCUUUCAAGUCGAACCGAUUUUUAUGUGACACUAGAAAGCACUUCAAACAAUAUGUGUAGGUAGUAGGUUGUCGAAUUUGAAAUAAAACAUGAAUAUGUCAUUUAAAAAGUCAGUAUGGUAUGCCUCAAGAUUAAACGUCCCGUCUAGUAUGGUACAGACUUCCUCAUUAGUUCAAUGUACUGUGACAGCUCCAGGGCAAAAACCUGUAUGCAAAAACGAAUAUUGGUGUAUAUGUUCUCCUAAAAGAGGUACAGUGACAUUACAGAACCUUCAACAGAGUUAUCCAAAGAUGUCAUCUUGUCGUUUUAUCAGUAAUAAAGCAAGAGCGAAACAACUUACUCAGACAUAUCCCAUUUUAGAAGGACAGCUUAUGCCAAUUCUUAGGCAUGUCUUUGAAGCAAAUUUGCGUAAUACAGUGAAUUGUAAACAGAGAUACACAGAGUUGAUGGAAAAGGUGAAUUUGGGAGGUGGUCACAGUGCAAUUCAGAGGCAUACACAGAGGAACAGAAAACUGCUUGUUCGUGAUCGUCUGAGAUUACUUCUAGAUGAUGAUGACUUUUUAGAACUGUCACCUUUUGCUGGUUUUGGCAUGCCAUAUGGAGAUGUUCCUUCUGCAGGUUGUGUAAAUAGAAUUGGAAAAAUUAAUGGAGUAUGGUGCAUGAUUACUGCUAAUGAUGCAACUGUAAAAGGAGGAACAUCUUACCCCAUUACAGUGACAAAACAGCUGCGAUCCCAGGAAGUAGCAGUGCAAAAUAAGCUACCGACAUUGUAUGUUGUUGACAGUGGAGGAGCUUUCUUACCGCUCCAGGCUGAGAUUUUUCCUGAUAAACAUAAUGGUGGAAGAGCAUUUUACAAUGAAGCUAUUAUGUCAGCAAUGAAGAUUCCUCAGGUUUCUAUAGUUGCUGGAUCCUGUACAGCUGGUGGUGCCUAUGUUCCAACCAUGGCAGAGGAGACUAUUAUUGUCAAUAAAAUUGGCACUAUUUUCCUUGGUGGACCACCACUAGUUAAAGCAGCAAUAGGAGAAGAGGUAUCACCAGAAGAUCUUGGUGGAGCAGCGCUACACUCAAAAGUUAGUGGCUGUGUGGAUCAUUUUGCUGCUUCAGAAACAGAAGCAUAUCAGUGUGCCAGAAAUAUAAUUAGUACCUUGAAUUUCACACCUGAACCAGAAGAUAACUUAGACUACGAGUCACCGUUGUAUAGUGCUGAAGAGCUUGCAGGUCUUGCUCCACGGGACUAUAACCACACACUGAAUGUUAAACUGAUCCUGAGUCGUCUGAUUGAUGGGAGCAGAUUUCUGGAGUUCAAAGCUGAGUAUGGAAUGACACUUGUAACAGGAUUUGCAUGGAUUAAAGGUCAUCUAGUUGGAAUUAUAGCCAACAAUGGAGAGCUGUCCCAUGAUGCUGCCCUAAAAGGAAGCCAUUUCAUUCAGCUCUGUGACCAGCGGGGCACUCCUCUACUUUUUCUACAAAAUACUGCACAUGUAGCAUUGACAGCAACCUUGUCACAGGCUGAAGCUAACACAAACAGGUUGAAAGCUCAGGCCUCUAUGAUGACUGCUGUAGCUUGUGCCUCUGUUCCUAAGAUAACUGUAGUCAUUGGUGGCUGCUGUGGAGGGGAAAGUUAUGCAAUGUGCGGAAGAUCAUUCAGUCCCAGCUUUCUUUUCUUGUGGCCAAAUGCAAGAACUGCCAUUAUGGAUCCAAGUCAUUCUGCAGAGUACCUACAGAUGGACGAGAAUGAUAUUCCCCGUAGUGAGACAGAAAUAAGACAACUAAGGAAACAGCUAGAAGAAGAAAGCAGUGCGUUUUAUUCAUCUAGUAGACUGUGGGAUGAUGGAGUGAUAUUGCCCGAAGACACAAGGAAGAUCAUUGCUCAGUGUUUGAGAAUUGUCAGUCAACAGUUCUACCAACAAGUAUAUUCAAAACAGUUAACUACCCGUGUCUUACGGACAUAAAACUACAAAUCUGAAAGACCAAUAAUGCUAUUGCCUUGUACCUGCAGUUUAAUGGUGGAUAGUACAACCAAGAUUGGCCGUAUUCUCACUGGGUAGUGUAUUACCAAUUCUAAAAGUCGUUGAUCCAAGAAUUCAGGAGACUUUGGUAGAAUUUUAUUCUGUUACUUAAGGCUUUGAAGAGUUCUGAUAUGACAGAUGCAAGGAAUAUACCACAUGAUCAUCAUGGUGCACUGCUGUAAACAACAAUUAGAAGAACAAAAAGAAUAUCCUUUAUUAAAUUACAUGGUGAUCAUACCUUUGUUAUAGAAUGCAGCGUGUUCGUUUACAGAGAAACAGUUGUGCCUCAAAAAUCACUCUCGUACCUGAAGUGCACUUUCAACAUAUAGCUCUGGAAGGGAAGAAACAAUUCAGGUCACCUGUCACGCACUUGUGCAAGUGCUUUAAUGUGCAUGUUUAUGCCAUUUCACAGCUCUUCUCAAAGCAGUGCUCCUUUGUACAUGCACACAGCUGAUUCCAAAUGUAUAUAUGUUACUGGUAAACACUGCAUAGUAUGACAGUGUUUCAGCACCACUUGAGUAAAUUAAACUGAUUGUUCCAUAAUAUGGGACAGUAUCCAGUUCUGAAACAUUUUUGUGCUUAACUGGGAGGUACUCAUUACUAUGAUUCUAUAUAGUGAUAUUGUACAUUGUUUUUAAAGGCAUUCAUUUGAUGAAAUUAAUCAGAUGACUAAUCUGUGAUGUGCUACGUAAGCAAACUGGGUAACCUACAUGACAUUCGGCUUGCAGAGAGGUUGCAUGUCUGACUUUGGGCCUUAGGCAGAAGAAUUCCUCUUAGAACUUGUACAUCCCACAUGAAGGGAAUUUCAAGACUGCCACUCUAAACCACAUUUCCAUCCCUCUUCACUUCUUUCAUUUAUUGAUUUCAUGAACUCUGAACAAAUUUUACUAUAAACAUGCCCAGUAAAUGCUACUUUCCCAGCAACAAUGUUGAAUUCAUGGAUUAUCCAAAACAGGUGUGUGUGUGUGUGUGUGUGUGUGUGUGUGUGUGUGUGUGUGUGUGUGUGUGUG